GGCAGCUAGCUCAAACAGCGCAGCAUGAUAAAUCGGCGAUGGGAAAGACGGUUCUUGCAAGUUACAGAGUCAAUUAAUUCAUUAGGUUGUUAGAAAUAGAGGGCAGUCUUCAUAUUUUAUUCAUAGAGGCGUUUGAACAUGCAUUGCUGACAGAUUAAUUAGGUACCCGGGGUACCCUACUUAUUCCAACAACCAUUCCUUCCCAGCAUCCUGGCGUCAAAUUCCGGAAGGUAUGCACAAAACACUCUUGCUAUUGGACAAUCGAGCCAAUUUAUGAAACACAAGGACAUGGGGUUUCAUCGAUCAGUUUCCAAUAUUACCCUCUUUCCUGAAGCACAUAAUUGACAAACGCAAGGAAUUCCAGCAUUUUGCAUUAGUUCAAUCAAAUGAAGAAAAACCAAUUUGAGAAGCGAAAUUUGAUUUGUUGGUUCAAUAUUAUCCAUGCAUGUCCGGACUUUUGUGUAUACCUUCUGAUUAAUUUUUUUUCAUGAUGAUGAUGAUGUCAGCGAUGAUAAUCAAGAAACUACCAGAGGCGGGGAAGGCGUGAUAAUAAUACACCUGUCCAAUCGGUGGACUGUACUUUAUCAGAAGAAAACGAAGAAGGCGGAUGGGCUCGUGACAAAGUACCUCUCAAUGUGGCAAGAGUGUUUCGUCUUCUCCUAACUGCUUCAAAAUGUUGAGGGUGCUUAAUAACCCGAGUCAUUGGUCUUAGGAUGCGUCUCCAUACCAAUCCAACCACCCGGUUCAAUCCCUUGUAAUAAGAUGAUCCUUUUCCUGUGGGAGGGACGCCGAACAAAUGCAGCAUUUCGUCACCCACCCGAACUAACAACAAGACAGAUUUCCACGCCAAUUUAACAAUGAACAGCACCACCGACAGGCCUACGUCUGAUUCCAACGAUGGAGCCAUCAUAUCUCAAAAUAUACCAGGAGCUGCUAUCCUCGUCGUCAUUAGCAUCGUCGGCAUCGUUGGGAACAUCUUCGUGAUCGUCGCCGUCCAGCUAACCCGUCGUCUUCAGACGUCAACAAACAGCUUUGUCGUUGCCCUCAGUUGCAUUGAUUUUCUGACCGCGCUGACGCUACCUUUCCAGGCCGGUGCGCUUCUUGGGCUUACGCACACAUCUCCGUCUUUCGCCGUCGUCUGCGAAGUAAUUGGCGCGCUUUCGUUUAUAUUCAACGGUUGGAGCAUUAUCACAUUGAUCACGAUCGCGUUCAACCGGUAUAUCCUGAUUACUCAAAAAUCACAUACGUAUCGCCGGAUAUUCCGCAAGAGAAGCAUCGCCAUCAUGCUCAUAUGUAUCUUCUCGUAUCCUCUAUGCUCCGUUAUGGUUUUUGCAUUAACUGGUUGGGCCGUGUUUGGGGAAAAAUACAAUGCGUGCGCUGUAGCAGAUGGUAGAGCAUUCAACCUCUUAUCCGGUGUUUCCAUGCUUACGCUGAUGGCCGCCAUCUUGUAUUUUUACCUGAAGAUCUACCUCCAUGUGCGGAACCACGUCCGGAAUGUCCAUGUCAAUCUGGAAAAUCAAAAUCGACAAUUCGUUUCUGCACAACAACCAGAGCAAUGUCACAAAACAGAGCCAAAUAAAAAAGAGUCGAAUAAAAAGGAAAUGCUUUACCGAAAUAGCACUGAAGCAAAAAUCACAAAGAAUAUGCUAUUUGUCGUCUUGUGUUUUUUCAUCUGCAUGACGCCAAUAACAAUUCAUUUAUUUGCGACUGAACUUGAUGCGACAAUGGUCGCUUACUUUGUCGUCAUUCUGUCAGUGAACUGUUCCCUGAACCCGAUCAUCUAUGCCUGGAAACACCCAGUGUUUCACCAGGUAUUCAGAUGUAUUCUAAGCCGUCGUCUUCAAGACGUGGAAGAGCCUUCGCGCUGGCUUCGCGACCACUUAUCAAAUCUAUCAUAAUGAGGGACAUAAAGCCUCUAUAUAUGCCCUAGAUCUAGAUUCUAGACCUUAACUUUAUCCGAAAUCGCCUCGAUUUUGCAGCCGGGUCGAAUAGUUGUCUCUUUAUUCUUUGUGAUUCUUGAUACCUUAUUCUGACAACCACAUCUCUCUUGAGACUAUGAAUACGUAGGUUAAACACUUGAAGCGAAAACGUCCUGAUCAGGUAUAAGUGUUGCCACUCCCAAUAGCUGUGAGACCAAAGUUACUUGCUCCUAAGUCAACUGCUCAUAUUACAGGAAACAUGGGAUAUCUUUACGCAUCUCGACAAAUGGAUGCAAGUAUAUCACUUCCGUCCUUCACUAAAUUUGAGCAUGGUUGUUUAGCUUGCUCCGGCCUUCCUACGUAUCUAAAUGACACCCAACAUUCAUAAGGAGCCACUUCUUGGAUGCCAAGGUUCUCAACAAACGUCUGCCAAUUAACAUGUUCAAAAAGACUCAGACAUUAAAACUUCAUUCACUGUUGUAUGAUGACGUCAUCGUGGUUUUGUAAAAGAGUUUGUUUUGAAGUUGCAGAUUAUGUUAGUACAAUUCUCUUAUACAUUUUGAAUAUCAAUCGCCAGAUGCGGCCCGUGAGAUGUUCUGAUCAGGCAAAGACAUAACGGCAUGCUCCUCCCAUCUCUUGUUUGAUUAGAGAACGUUUUUGCACCUAUGAUUUCAGAAGCCUGGUCGUUUGUUGGCCAAGAAGACAACGGUGGGGCACUUCAUGAGGCUUGUUCUUAAUACCAAUCAGAUACAUGGAUUUCAGUAGUUAAAAUAGCUACCCCUAACGUUUACUGACAAAAAUGUGUCAUGGAACCUUUGACAAUUCUCCAGACUUGAGAGUCUUACAAUUAUCUAUUGACGCUCAGGGGGGCGUUUCAUGAAAGGACUCGUCGGACGUUUUAUCCGACAGUUACCAUAGGAACAGUGCCUCUCAGC